AGUCAACGACGGUUCCAUCCGCGGUCCCGCAUCGAGUCCUCUUUUAUCUUUUGUGAUCCCCGGUGAAAACGGUAUCUUUCGACGGAUAUCAUGCCAGUUACACUGCCUGUUUGGAAUUGAGGCUCUAACAUCAUCAUUUAUCACACCUUUCGAUGAUAAGAAUUGACUUCUGUCAACGGGAUACUGCGAGCACUGCGAGCGAUCAGCACACUCCACUUUCAAUCGGGAGGAAUUUCUAAAUUAGUUUCAAUGGAAAAGCACACCGUGCAAAAACCUUCAGAACAAUUUAAACUUCUUCCAAAAGUCAUAAAUGGUGGGAUCGCGGGUAUUAUCGGUGUCUCUGUGGUAUUCCCACUGGACCUGGUUAAAACACGAUUACAGAAUCAAGUUAUAGGACCCGGCGGUGAACGAAUGUAUACGUCUAUGCUUGAUUGCUUCAGGAAGACUUACAGGGCUGAGGGGUAUUUUGGCAUGUACAAAGGGUCUGCUGUGAACAUUCUUUUAAUCACGCCGGAGAAAGCAAUUAAACUCACUGCCAAUGAUACUUUCCGUCACUACUUAUCCACCGGGCCUGGGCAGAGACUGCCAAUACAACGUGAGAUGCUCGCCGGUGGCUUAGCUGGAGCAUGUCAAAUCGUCGUCACGACUCCGAUGGAGUUGUUAAAAAUCCAAAUGCAAGACGCUGGACGCGUAGCCACGGCGGCGAAAGAAGCUGGCAAAACGGUGCCAAAAGUGUCGGCCUGGUCAUUAACGACAGAUUUACUGCGAAAAAGAGGUAUUCUGGGACUUUAUCAAGGCACGGGUGCAACCGCGCUUAGAGACGUUACAUUUUCUGUUAUUUACUUCCCACUCUUUGCUAGACUGAACGAUAUGGGUCCGAAAAGAGAGGAUGGAUCUUCCGUUUUUUGGUGUUCAUUCUUGGCUGGUUGCGUCGCUGGUUCUACAGCUGCAUUAUCAGUGAAUCCAUUCGAUGUAAUUAAAACUAGAUUGCAAGUUAUCAAAAAGGCACCCGGCGAGCCGACGUACAACGGUGUAUUUGAUUGCAUAACUAAAACGAUGAAGAACGAGGGUCCGACGGCGUUCUUCAAGGGCGGUGCAUGCAGAAUGAUCGUGAUAGCGCCCUUAUUCGGGAUUGCACAAACCGUUUACUACCUCGGCGUUGCAGAAUGGCUGUUGGGUCUCAAAUAAAUUUCCACCCUCACCUCUUCUCUGCCGUCUCAAAUACUCUGGGAUUUAAUUGACAAUAACUGGCGUAUCGUAGAUGUAUUUUCGCUUAGUAUUGGUCACUAGUUGACGAGCAAGUGAGUCUUUUAUUAUCUACUUAAUUAUUAUAGAACCUUGGUUAUCGGAAUUUCGUUUGAUAAAAACUAAGUGUGUUUUCUAUUUUUGAUAUAUUAGACUUAUCGUUACCUCUGCCCGUUUUUUUACCCUGCGGUCAAUUGCCUGAAAUAAUUGUAAAUAAAAUUAGAAUCAUUGAAAGACUUGUAAUGUAUUAAUACGAUGCGAAAGUAUGUAAUUAUUAGAAGUUAAAAUAUUGUCUGAAAUGUCAAUUUUGAUGUCGAUAAAUACUCCAACUACGUUAGAUUAAUUUAUUAAUCGCUUACUUAACUUUGAUUUUAAUGAGAGUAGAAGUAUAGAUCGAUUAAUUUUGAUCGUUCUUGUGUCUUCUUGUAAUUAUAUUUUCGGAUAAUCAAGGUUCUCCUAAUAUGUAUCAGGGUUAAAUCAACGUUCAUAAUUAAUGACGUUGAUUCUGACUAAUCAUUAUUAUCAUCGAAUAAGGAUGAAAUCCAUGAUUUGCGACAAGGUUCGCUUAUUUUAAUUGCUAACGAACCAGUCAUAAAUCGGAGAUUUUAUUGUUCCCACCUUACGUAUCUCCGACGUGAGUCGUAUUGCUUCGUAAACCAGUGUUUCUAAGUAGUAUUCUUAUUCCAUUUUUCUACGUUAAAUUAUAUCUAAGCUUCUCUUAAUUGUAAAGUUGUUAAGAGUCUGCUAAGUAACGUAAAUUUCAUUUCAUUCUUAAUGUAUCAUUAUCAACAAACUGAUAAACCUACGAAUAUAAAGUAUUACAUAUCUAACCACGUAUAAUGCGUAAUAUCAUUAAUAAGUAAUUAUAAAAAGUUUGAUUGAAAAUUAACUAGUAUUCUUUACGAGGGUAUGCUACGAUAAUGGAAACACUGGUGUAGUAUAUGUACACGUGAUGUCAGGAGCUUACAGUUUGUAGGAUAUGAAGUUUUGUGAUUCCAGUUAAUUCAAGUUAUUAAAUAAUAUGAACUAACUCUUAA